AUGAGGAUGCUGAGAUGGGCCGCAAAAACAAGACUUGAUAAAGUGCGUAAUAAACACAGACGAAGUUUCAAAAUAGCGCCCAUCACUGAGAAACUCUCCAAACAGAUACUGAGAUGGUAUGACGAUGACCAUGUCGUGAAUAAGGCGCUGGCCCUCCAGGAGACCAAAAGAGAACCAGGGCGCCGGCCUGCUACCUGGUGGUCCACCGUGUCAAAGGAUUUAGAGCGAGCCCAAUUAAAUCCACGGAAAAUCGAGGACAGACGAUACUGGCGCAUGAGAAUGGAAGAAAAGAGAGAGGGAAGAAGAAGAAGAUAA